AUGAUUGUCAAUGCCUUAUGCCUUCCUUUGACCUCGCCAUCCGUUGAUCCCGAUGCGGGGGCCGACGGAAGCGGGUCAAACUCAGCAUCCGAUCCGAUUCAUGUGAAUGGCCUGAGUAAGCAAGCAGCCUUAAAACCCCAACUCAAGCACAAUCAACCACCACGGUCACCUCAUCACCAUCAACCACUCCGGAAUACAUACGCACUCGAGGACCAACAGGUUCAAGCGACCGCCGCCCAAUCGACAGAUCCUAUCAUGUUGACCACGCUUCGUCAUCGCCAGCGAUGGGCUUUCUCCCGCCAUUCGUUUGGUUCCUACGGCACUCUCCAGAAAACGCAUGCCAGUUCCUCAUCCCACCCUCUGAAUCAUCCCCAACAUCAUCGGCCGCCAUUCUCAAGAUCAGUCGAAGGGAUAAGUCAAUCUUCAAGUGGACUUGGUCGCCGAACCAACGAUCGUCUCCAGUCUACUCAUGAUCUGUUUUCCAUGGAUCACCAAUCGAACCAAUCAAGAACAAAUUCACUCAUCAUCCCCUCUUAUUCUCACUUUCUUACAACUCAACAGUCAGAACCAUACCAGCAAAUCUUUCAGCUUUCAUCCUCCAAUUCUUCUUCCAAGGAUAAUCCUAACAAUAAUCAAUCUCCAGCGGGAGCGUCCUCCGGAAAUCCCUCCUCACCAGGGGGCCAAGAUGGUGCUAACUCAAAUGACGAUCCUCCUCAAAAGCCUCCGACGUCCAUAUCUAAGCCCACAAUACCUGAAGUCUAUCCCGAGGUGCUUGCCUUACCGAUCACCCGUCGACCACUCUUUCCUGGUUUCUACAAGGCCGUCAUAAUCAAGAACCCUGAUGUGAUCAAAGUGGUUAGAGAAAUGAUGAAACGGGGUCAACCUUACCUGGGCGCGUUCCUGCUCAAGAAUUCUGAAUCAGAAACCGAUAUCAUUUCCGAUCCUGAAUCUGUUUAUAAAGUCGGUGUGUUUGCUCAGAUCACUAGCAUCUUUCCUACUAACUCAGCGAAGAAAGAUCACCCCAGCAACCUGUCGAAGACCGCACCGAAAGACGACGAAACAGAUGAGUAUGCUGACGGUCUGACUGCUGUCCUCUAUCCUCAUCGAAGAAUCGAGAUCACCGAACUCUUGGUUCCCGAAGUUGAUCCAUCUGAUCCCGCAAAAGUCAAACACUCCAUCCAACCUGUCAAACCUACACCGAUCGCACCCGUCAAAGAAGAUCUUAUAGUCACAGAUAAACUUACCGAUUCCUUGCCGGAGACUUCUACGACCACCUCACCAAAUCCUUCAAUACUCAAGCAGUCCUCUUCCUCCACCCCGAAGGAAAACGAUCAUCCCACGGCAGAAUCGGACGAAGAGUCCUUAACUUCAGCUGCACUACUUCAAACCAGUUUCCUUAAAGAGCAUCAAGUCUCAUUGGCAAACGUGAAGAACUUGUCAUUACAACCAUUCAAAAAGAAUUCACAAGUCAUUCGGGCCAUCGCAUCUGAAAUUAUCAACGUAUUCAGGGAUAUUGCGACGUUAAACCCGCUUUUUAGGGAUCAGAUUGCCAAUUUCAGUAUCUCCCAAGGAUCUGGAAACGUUUUUGAGGAUCCCGACAAGUUGGCCGACUUUGCAGCUGCAGUCAGCACAUCACCCAGCUCGGCAGAUGGCAGUGAAUUUCAUUUUAACGAAUUACAGGAGGUCCUAGAAUCUAUGGUCUUAGAGGAAAGGCUCCAAAAGGCUCUGUUUGUUUUGAAACAAGAACUGAAGAAUGCGGAACUACAAUCGAAAAUCUCUCGCGAAGUGGAAUCAAGGAUCACGAAGCGUCAAAGGGAAUUUUAUCUGAUGGAACAGCUCAAAGGCAUUAAGAAGGAGCUCGGAAUCGAUGGGGAUGGGAAGGAUAAACUGAUCGAGAAAUUCAAAGAGAAAGCCCAUGGAUUGAACAUGCCUGAGUACGCCAAAAGUGUAUUUGAUGAAGAACUUAGCAAGCUCCAGACUUUAGAGCCACAGGCUAGUGAGUUCAACGUGACCCGAAACUACUUGGAUUGGUUAACAUCGAUUCCUUGGGGCCGACACUCAGAAGAGAAUUUCGAUCUUCAGCACGCCAUCAAGGUCUUGGACGAGGAUCACUACGGUCUGAAAGAUGUCAAAGAUCGGAUCUUGGAAUUUUUGGCAGUGGGAAAGCUUCGAGGAACUGUUGAAGGUAAAAUCCUAUGUUUGGUGGGUCCACCGGGUGUAGGUAAAACAUCGAUCGGGAAGUCGAUUGCCAGGGCUCUAGAUCGACAAUUCUUUAGAUUCUCAGUUGGCGGUUUGACGGAUGUCGCUGAGAUCAAAGGUCAUAGAAGAACUUACGUCGGGGCCAUGCCUGGAAAAGUAAUUCAAUCUCUCAAGAAGGUUCAAACCGAAAACCCAUUGAUACUGAUAGACGAGAUCGACAAGGUUGGCAAAGGCCAUAAUGGCGAUCCGUCUUCGGCAUUAUUAGAGAUGUUGGACCCAGAGCAGAAUAGCAGCUUUCUGGAUCAUUACAUUGACAUUCCUAUCAACUUAUCCCGAGUCUUGUUUGUCUGCACAGCCAACGUGCUCGACACUAUACCGGCACCUCUCUUGGAUCGAAUGGAAGUCCUGGAGGUCAGUGGAUACGUCACAGACGAAAAGAUCAACAUCGCCAGCAAGUAUCUUUCACCUCAAGCUAAAGAAUCUUGCGGAUUUGGCGACUCGGAUGUCAGUAUCGAUCAAUCCGCAAUCGAUACACUGAUACGUUACUACUGUCGUGAAUCUGGAGUCCGGAAGCUGAAGCAAAACAUCGAGAAGGUGUAUCGUAAGGCGGCCCUGAAGAUUGUACGAGAGCUUGGCGAGAAGGUCUUACCUGAAUCGUCUGCGGAAUUCGUUUCGCCACCGAACGAUACAUCGACUGUGAAAGGAGACAGUGUGAUAAAAUAUGAUGGCGAUCUCCCGGCAUCUCAAUCAAGUAACGAGUCAAGUUCAUCCUCUAGUUCACUGCCCUCAUCAAGUUUGAUGCCGAUCGAGGUGAAGUUGAUGCCUGGAUCAUCCGGGGGAGGGUCGUCGAUCCUUCUGACGGGCAAGUUGGGCGAAGUGAUCAGAGAAUCGGCCCAGAUCGGCUUGAGCUUCUUGAAAUCUAAUGCGCGCAACUUGGGCCUGACCUCCGAAGAUCAUCAGGAUCUCUUGGAGAAAAAAUCUCUCCACUUGCAUAUGCCCGAAGGCUCGAUCGGUAAAGAAGGCCCCUCCGCUGGAACGGCAAUCUUGGUCGCUUAUCUUUCUCUCUUCUCGAACUUUCGAAUUCGCUCGGAUUUAGCUAUGACGGGUGAGAUGACUCUAGCGGGCCAAGUUUUACCAGUGGGAGGCUUAAAGGAGAAGAUCUUAGCAGCCCAUCGGGCGGGGAUCAAGAAGAUCUUAGUACCGGCGGCCAACAAGCCAGACAUCGAACACAACGUUCCUGAUUCAAUCAAGGAGGGAAUCGAGAUUGUGUAUGUGGAGGAUGUUCGCGAAGUCAUCAAACAUGCAUUCCAUGGUCACCCUAAAAUUUUGAAUAACUUAGAUAAAUUAGAAAUGGUUGAUUUGUCAAAUUAGAACAUCUUUUUUAUUUCAAAACUUGUUGUUAUCGUGUUCUUCUUCUGAUGAGAGUUUUUCAAUAUAUAAACAUUUUUGCAUUUUUUUGCUUAGUUUUGGAGUGGAUGAGUGAAUUUAAGUGACGGUUCAAAUCCUGAGGCAAAUUUCUUAUUCAAG